AUACUAUACACACCAUUAACAUGACCGAGGUGAACGAUGAUUUGCUUCCAACCACGUUCAGCACAGUUGAAGACGCUGUGCGUUAUUGGAAGGGACUACACGAUGAGGUGGAGAGUGAGUAUGCCGAAUACAAGGAGACCAGUGCUGAGUAUGAGCAUGAGUUGGAGAUAGAGAUGAGACAGUUGGAGGAUAAGCUCAAAGAGGCCCAUCGCAUCAGACAGAAGGAGUUGAACGAGGCGGAGAAGCUCAGG